AAGAAAGGCCCAAUCAAAGUUAUAAAAGUCACAAAAUCAGGAGAAUCAGACAGAGUUCUGUGUAGAUAUUUUCAGAAAAUCGAGAGCUUCUUUUUGGAACCUAUUACUUCGUCUUCAGGUCUGGGAAUAGUGGUUACAAGUGUUUUAGCCUCGGAAACGGUGGAAAUAUUAAGGAAUGAAAUUACUUAUAAGUACUUUUGUAUUCCUUUUAAUGAAAAGUUUUUGCUCAUACCCUUAUUACACCAUUUGUUUCACGACUUUUCCAAUUUUGCUACACAUUCAAAUUAAAUUAAAUUUUUGCUACCAUUUAAUAUGAAUAUAAUAUAAUAUAUGAACCAUAAUAAUAAUAUGUAUGAUAUGAUCCAUGAUAAUAAUAUGAACCAUGCACAUGGAUUCAAGCAAUAUUCUUGAUGAGUCGUUUUGUGAGGAGUCUCCAGUCGAAAUGGGCCAAUCCCUUAUAAAGAAGAGGUGCUACGACACCAAUGUUGAAGCGGCAGGUGUAAGCCAAGUUUGCUCUCCGAGUGAUGAUAUUAACGCGAAGCUGGACACCAAUGUUGAAGAAGAGGAAGCGGCAGGUGUAAGCCAAGUUUGCUCUCGGAGUGAUGAUAUAAACGCGAAGCUGGACAUCCUUCUUAAUAACCAAAAAGCCAUAUGGGAUACUUUGCAGACAAGCAUCAACAACCAAGCAAAGUUGUCAACAAAUCAGGCGGAGCUGGAGAAGAAAUUCAUAUCACUCCAAAUGAAUGCAGUCGAAAACGCGGAAUUUCUCGCUCUAGCGAAAUCAGCACGCGAAAUAAAGGUUUCGGUGCAAAAUAUAGAAAAGGAAGUUUGUCGUAUGACGGGCGAAGCAUGUGACAAAAUUAUGAACGAAAUUGCCAGCAUCCCAGCAAAAAAUCGGUAA